UGAGGAUUGUUGGUCUGAUUCAGUGAACAAAGAGAAACCAUAUCAAAACUUCAUAUGCAAUGAAGUUCAGUCAGACUUGGUCCGGCCUGAGAAAAAACGAACAGUGUAUUCCACAACAGUGCCUCUGGGGGCGUAACGCUUCAGCUUCCAAGUUCCAACCCUCCGACCAAAACAUUGAUCAUGUGAUGUUAUGACGUUCCGGGGGUCGGUAGUACAAAGGCGUAUUCGGGGCUGAGCACAUCCUCUGAAAAAUACACAUUUUUGAAGUUGGUUUUUGAGGUUUGCCAGAUGUCUUUAGGCUUUACGUUUAUUAAUAUAAGAACGCCAAUACAGUACAUGUAAUUGAUGUCGUUCCUCUCUGGGGUGAGGUCUUAAAAAGUGUUCAUUAUGUAGCUGCUGUGAGGCAGUUAGCUCCUGUAGCCGCCGUUUCACGAAGCCAUGUGGCUUAGUUAAUCGGAUCAGUUUAUUGACUUCUUGGAAAAGCCCUGGAUUUCAGUGCACAAUUUCAACAAGCUGACAAUUGGUGUUCGUCGGUAUGCCUACAUGAAUAACGUGAACAAAACACAUAAUAAGAAAUGAACGUACCGUUUGUUAAAGAGGUUAUUGUUGAUGAAGGAGCAAACAUUGUAAACAGAGCAUUCAGAAGAGGACGCAUUUUAAUAGAUCGACUAGACCCUUUAGCACAUCCCGAUGAUUAUUUGUAUGAUCAGUAUCGAUUUAGUCGCGAGGGAAUUAUUUACCUAGAACAGUUAUUAGGGCGCCACCUUGCAAGCCCGACGGAGCGAAGUGCAGCCUUAACUGUAGUGCAGACACUUUGUAUAGGGCUCCGCUUCUUUGCCACUGGGACAUAUUUAUAUGCUGUUGGUGACGCUGAAAAUAUCAGUAAAGCUUCUGUUUCUCGUGCAAUCAGAAAAGUUUACCUUGCUUUGAAAAGGUAUGUCAAUGUAUUCAUCAGAUUCCCCGGCCACGCAAAAGUGGAUGUAAUCAAGGAAGGUUUCCUUUCAAUUGCAGGGAUUCCAGAUGUCCUUGGUGUUGUGGACUGCACCCAGAUUCCCAUUAAAUCUCCUCCUGGUCCCCAUGAGGGUGAUUACAUUAAUACAAGGGCCUUCUACAGCAUCAAUGUCCAGAUGAUCUGUGACUCUACCUGUGUUAUCACUAAUAUUGAGGCAAAGUGGCCUGGUGCUGUCCUUGAUGACCGCAUCUUCAAGGAGUCCAGUCUGUGUGACAAAUUUGACCAAGGUCAAUAUGAUGGCAUCCUUUUAGGAGACACAGGCUACACCUGCAGGACCUUCUUCAUGACACCCUACUCUGACCCAAGCCCUGGGCCCCAAGCACGCUUCAAUGCAGCUUUGGCACAGACUAGAUCCAAGAUCGAAACUACCAUAGGCCAGCUAAGAGGACGAUUUCAGUGCCUUAAAGGCCUAAGGGUCGUGCCAGAUAGGGCCUGUGACAUUACAGUUGCAUGUGCAGUACUGCAUAACAUUGCAACAAUAAGGAAAGAAAGUGCUCCACCGGUCUGCCUGCAGCCUAACGAUGACGUUGAGACUCUGUACCUGGACGAGCCUGAAGGUCUAGCUAUGAGGGACAAGAUAGCUGCCCAGAAUUUCAGUUGAACAUUUCUCCCAUCUUUGGGUCAGAUUCAAAGUGAUGGUUAUUUUAUUACACCAGAGACAUUGUUUGAUGACACAUUUUUUAUUAAAUUAUUCUUUCUCCUGUGAAGAAAACACAAUGUUUAGUUGGUUAAGCUGCAUACAUAUGUAGAAUGUAGACUUAUCUCUCAACAUCAAGUUACUUACCAACUGCCUGUCUAGUAACUGUAUUUCCUUCUCCACUUUCCUCAUUUUGAGAGCCCGGUAGGCCAUCUCUUGUUCCCUGUUCUCAAUCUCUUUAAUUAGGUAAUGCCGGUACAGGGUCUUUAUGUCUUCUUUGUGUCCCUGUUAAAGUAGGUAUUUUAUUUAUAUAGCGCAUUUUUUAUGCACAAAGUGCAACACAAAGCGCUCUACAAGACAUCGACACACUGAUGCCGGACAGAGUGGCAUCAUUAAAGGAAUGACCGCAAUGGAUGUUUAUGUUUUGUUAAUGCUUAUGGGUACAACUCAAUCCAGACACAUAAGAAUUACCUCUCCAGCCUUCUUUCCUGUAGGACAGCCUUUCUCCUGGGCACUGCUGGGGUCAAAAUCCUGUAAAAAAAACAUUCACACUCAAUUUUGUUUCAUUUGAUCAGAGUGGUUUUUAUUUUUCAUUUUUGUACAUAUCCUGAGAUGGCUGUCCAAACAUGGGCAUAUACUUAAUUGGAGCCUCCAUAUCAGCCGACAUUACAGACAACAGUGUUGUCACUAAAUAUGCAGCGCUUUUACAAAAGAGACUCAUACCUCAUCCAUGUGAGUGUCAUUGGAGAACGUCUCAUCACACACUGAGUGUUCAGGGUCACCCUGUGGCGGAGGCAGGAGGGUAAGAGAAUGGCCCGUCACUGUUCAGACAAGAGUAUUUGGCAAUGAGUGAGUAAUCCUAUGACGCGUUCCGGAAAGGGUUGUGUGAAAGAUGAAGCACACCCACCCCUGAUGUAGGAGCUGAUACAUGCGGCAGCAGGCUCAGAGCUGGUGCCUCCUGGGAUGCCCUCCACCAUCGGCCUGCUGGAGCUCUGCUGCACAACAAACUCCUCGUCAGAUUCAUCUGAUUUGAUGACGACAUUUGUUUGUAUCUCGUCCUCAUCUUUCUUAAUGUCUUCCCUUGUCGCUUUUUUCCUGUUGGCUGUUGACAUGAAGAUGGUUUUGAGAUGUGAAUCUCUUGAUGAUGAGGCAGCUCAUUUGCAAAUUGAUAAUUCCUUUAUUGAGAACCUACCUGUUUGCACCAGAUUUUUAUAUUUGAUUUUCACUUGUUGCCAUGUGCGCUUGUAGCCACUGCCAGAUUGCCUGAGAAGUCAUUUUCAUGAUAUAUCGUAAGGUAACAAUUCCAAUGAUUUAUUGUGGUGAGUGUUAUCAAAAAGUAUACAAUUCCAAUUACAGCUGUUUUUCUGAUUCAGCCUAUUAAAAUUUUCAGUUAUGAUUAAAAUCCUCAUACUUA